AUAACGCGGUGCCUACUGGAGACGGAGCAGUUCACCGAGGCAUAUCUACUGGACCAAGGCAGCAAGUCGUCUCACUAAUAUGCUAGCUGCCUGAAUAGCCACAUGGCCGAUUUCUGUGGGUGAUAUUUUGGUCACGACCAUGCAAACCCCUAGCGUACCGUUGGAUGCGAGCAUGCAUCACGACAGUGAGUCCGUCUAGCACGGCAGCACGAGAUGAUUCAACGGCCGAGGGGGGAGGCUUAGGGCCUAAGACGGGAGUGGAUAGGCAGAUCGUGUUCUGGAAUGAUGAACGAUCAGAUCGCGGGGCGCUGAGGCGACUCGGGGUUGGCAGCGAACCGCCGACUGACUCGGCUGGCUUGAGCUCGCCUGGUGGUUCUCGUGUUUUUUUUCCCCCUCGCUCUCAUCAUCUCUCCUAGCGCGCGCAUAGGUACGUGCUGCUGGCAAAAGGCCCUGGAAGAGGCGGGCAAUUUUUUUUAUUUUUUUUUAUUUCUUCUUUAACCCACGACGCUUGCCAUGGCCGUCGAUAUUCCGGCGCCCGCCACCAAGGACACAUACCGACAGUAGCUGGUUGGAAGUCGGGGUUUGGUGUUUGUUGGGAGACCCAGGGGGCCAGGCCAGACCAGCGCGAACGGUUCUGGGGGGUUUGGAGCAGAGACCCUGGUGGUUUUGUUCAAUUUUCCUCAAGUGACGACGGGCAGGGGCAUGCCCGGCCAUCGUUGUUGGCCCUUUAUUGCGACUCUCCGGCGCGCGCGGCAGGGGAGACAAACACGAUAAACAAACAAGUAGCGUCGUCCCAACUAGGACGUCAUAGACUUGGCCAGAGAAGUGGUCAUGCGACUCUUGGGAAAAUUCACGGCUUCCUCUCUCACUUGGGCUACCUGCACAGCAGGAUACACACGCCCACAUCUUUGCCACUUCUUUCAGUCUCAGUCUCGGUGCCAAUCUCCCUCUCUCUCCAACGGGCUUUUCACAUAUCAUCGCCAUUACAGUCGUCUAGCCAUAGCCGCUCGAUCCGAGAGCCCGGUGGCCGGGACCACGGCAUUAGUGACCUGAGGUUAUUGGCCGCCUGCCUGGAGCAAAAGCAGCGAGCGUCCAACACACCAAACACAAGCACGACGCACAAACACGCCCACGUCGGCCGCCGCCAGCGUGCUACAGCGCCAGUAGCGCGGCCGCACAGCGCACAGCGGACCAAGAAGUCCCUAAAAAAAAAAAAGAAGACUCCACCCCCACCUACAACCAAGCCUUUGAUAAGGGGUAAAGCAUAAACCGUUGAGAGGAGCUACCGCACCUCAGGUGUCGCCGUCGCCGUCGUCGUCCAUCUCUUUGUUUUCAUGGUUGCUGUUUUUGGGUGUUUGGGCAGAACGGUAAACCAAACAACAAACAGGAAUCCUGCAUUUGAUUGAGUUGGCUCGAUUGGAGCUGCUCCUGCCAACUGUUUUUUUUCUUGUCUUUUCUGUUGGACAGGAGCGAGACACGGGACGACACCUUGAUCUCUCGGCCCCGCUGUUGGCCAACUGGCAGGGACAACUGGACAGGGCCGGGAAGCUUGCAAGCACGAAUCUCUCGCCGUCAAAAAAUCGAAGGAAAGGAGCCCCGUGACCUUGGUGCUGCCGCGUUUUCGCAGCUCGGCCUAAUCGACGCUACGUACCUCUUUAUUCCCCCUUUUUUACUUUUUCUUCUUCCUCGUCUCCUUUUCCAUUUCCAUACCCUUCUUGCGCCGUACCCUCCUCCCUGCACUCCCUUCUCGUCUGCUACACGAGCGACAAACUUGAGGGGGAACCAGCAAGGGAGAGCGAGCUCGACAGACGGGGCGUCGCCGAAGAGGGGGGGAGAAGGCAGUCGCAGCCACGUAUCUUGACGUCUGCCCCCGUGGCACGAAACGCGGCAGAGAAAAUGGUUCUGUCAGAAGAUUCGCUGCCGACCAUCAAGGUCCUCCUGAUCGGGUCGUCCAACGUUGGGAAGUCGGCGCUUUUGACGAGGUACUGUGAUGACCAGUUUGAGUCCGAGUCCGCCACAGCAACCAUCGGUAUCGAUUUCAAGAUCAAGAAUUUGUCGGUCCGCGGCAAGGCAUACCGGCUGACCCUGUUCGACACUGCGGGUCAAGAGCGGUUCCGCACACUGUCGACGAGCUACUACAGGGGCGCACACGGCGUCAUACUGGCCUACGACAUCUCGAGCAGGAAGUCCUUCGCCGACAUGGAGAGGUGGUUCGACGAGGCCGAGUCCAACACGGUGUCCGAGGUGGCCCUGUACCUCGUCGGCACCAAGCUCGACAAGGCCGCCACCAGCAGGGCCGUGUCGGCCGAGGAGGGCCUGGCGCUCGCCACGGCCCACGGCGCCCUCUUCUGCGAGGCGAGCGCAAAGACGCGCGAGAACGUGCGCAAGCCCUUUAUCGAGAUCGUCAACCAGAUCGUCCAGGACCCGGUGCUGCUGCACCGCCGGGCGGCCACCAUGAGGAACACGGUCGCCGUCGGGGUGAACGACCAGUCUUCUUGGGUGCCAUGUUCAUGCUAGGCUCGGUUGGCUUCUGUUACCUGUUUAAUCUUUCGCUUUUCGCCCACACCAUCAUCGUAUCUCUGCAUUUCUUUUUUGCCGGUUCCUAUCGUUUUGGUUCCUGGUGUUGGGCAUCGGACCACGUCCGGUCUCAUCAAUGAUACCCGGUAUUGCUUGCUCCAGUCUCCCGAUCGCCCGCGGUCCUACUUUGCGUACUUUUUCAUGUUGCAUAUUGUAUAUGGAGUUUAUCCAGGCAAUAUUACAUGGUAAUCCUCUCGUGGCCUUCGUUUCCAAUUCAGAACUUGGGCACAUUUGAAUCCCCAAAAGUGGCCAUCCUUUGGUGUCACUCCCUCUCCUUUGGGUCCAAGAAUCGCACAACAGCUACAUCAUACGUGCCAGCCAGGUCAGUUAAUGCCGGGACGAUGGGCAACAACACCGGCAAAAAAAAAACAAACACGAACCUUGCCUAAACUCUUCGGGCUUCUCCGAGAUGAGCCAGUGGCCGGCAUCGAUGUCGACGAGCUCGAAGCGGGGGAAGAACUGGCCGACGAUGGGGAGGGCCUCGUCGGCAACGUACUUGCUCUUGGUGCCACGCACGAAGAGGGCGCGCUUGUUGAACCGGGCCUCGUCCGGGUUCUUGUAGGGGAAGUCGCCCAUGUGGUCCAGGGCCUUGGCCAGCACGGAUAGGGGCACGCGGAACUUUUGCGUGUCGUCGCUACCGGCGGAGCGGUGCAAGUUCCCGAGGAGGAACUGCCUGACGGGGAGGGACUUUUUUUUUUUUUUUCGUUGUCGUUGUCAAUUUUCAUGGACGACAGGGACAAGGACACAAGGAGGCAGAGAGAGCAACAAAAUAUAUAUAAAAAAAACACCCACAGACUCGUACGGCUCGAGAAUCUUGUCGGCCUCGGACUGGCGCUUCACGCCGGCCUGCUCAAUCUCCUUCAUACCGC